UGGGAAAUUGUGUUCAUGGCUUCAACUCAAUAUGGUAGAGGUACGACAAGCUUCCUGUAGCUAAAAAGUGAAAUUGAAACGAAAUGACAAAGUGACGAAAGAAAAAAAAUUGGAAAAAAGUAGAGGAGGAGACAGACAAAUGAGAGGAGUGGAGACAGACCAAGAGAGAAGUGUAAAACACAGGUUAGAAGAGUUGCACGCUGAGACGGCCCAACGAGAAAAGAAAUGCACUGCAGUGGGACCUUUUUUCAUCUCCUCUGGAUACUUGCUAAUGCUUAUCCCAGUUUUUCCACACAACUUAAAGCAUUGGUGGGACAUGAUGCAGUACUAAACUGUACCAUCCCAGAACGUUUUAGUCAGAACGUUACUGUUCACUGGCGAUUUGGGAAUAACGAAAUUUUGGAGCGGACCGGUGGUAGUGUUUGGGUCAGCAAUUCCUACCGUGGACGAGCAGAUGUUCCUGAGGAGUGGUUCUCAAAGAGAAAUUGCUCACUUAAACUUAUUAACAUCACUAAGAACGAUGAUGGGAACUACACAUAUGCAUUUACAACUUCAGCUAAAGAACAUGAAAAAACAGUCAACCUCAUGGUUGAAGGAUUGGAACUAAAAGAAAAUCAGCCACUGGAGCAGGAACCCACACUAGUACCGACUUUUAAAGAAUGUAUGAAAAAUGAGUACAUAGUAGCGCUUGUAGUGAUUGCAGUGAUUGCAGUGAUUGGAUGGAUUGUGACUGCGCUGUGCUGGAUUUAUAAAAGAAUAAGAUCUGACAAACCUGCUGCUGCACCGCAAGACAAUCCUGCUGCUGCACCGCAAGACAAUCCUACUGCUGCACCGCAAGACAAUCCUGCUGCUGCACCACAAGACAAUCCUACUGCUGCACCACAAGACAAUCCUGCUGCUGCACCGCAAGACAAUCCUGCUGAUCAAGAAAUACAGCCACUACUGAAAACACCACCUGAUGAUCGUGGUUGUGUGGCUUUGGGGAAGGAGGCUGCCCAAUACACUCCAGUCAAGACGGAUCCUGAGUAAUGCAGUUUCCAGCACAACAGAUAUCCUGUGCUGAGGUCACUAUCAGUUCCCUGAGGGAUCACCUCCUGCUGGUGUUCUGAUGGCAUUAAAGUGACCGGGAGUGAUCACCCGGCUUCGUGCUCAGUCAUUUGUGAUUCUGCUGUGUGACUUGAUUUGUAUUUUUAUUUCUCAUUGUAAGACCUUAAGCAUGUUUUGUGUACAUUUUUGGUUUUAAUUGCUAGAUUUUUAAAAUAUAUUCCUAUUAUCUAUAUAAUCGUGUUUACAUUUAUCACAUUUGGCACAUUAUCCAGAGCUUACAUUGAUCUCAUUUAUACAACUGAGCAUGUGAGGGCCGAGGGCCUUGCUCCGGGCAUCUUAACCACUCAGCUACCACCGUCCACCUUUGUUCUUAAAGUCACUAGAUGUAAGGCUGAUCUGCCUUUUUUGUUGGGUUUCAGUGUUUCUCUGGAAUUUUUUGUUAGUUAAGAAGAAAAGGAAGCAGUUUGUCAUUUGUUGUCUUCUACUAAAAUAGCGAAGUCAGUUUCUUGUUCUUUCAGUUAUUGGGGUGUUUGUUUAUUAUUUUGUCCUUGGCCAACCUGAUGCAAUUUACUGGUGACUGAAAAUACUUCUCUUUCAUUAUAUUUCCAUGCCUCUGUGAAUAUUCUUGCUAGUCUGUUCAGUUUUAUUUACACUAGAAUCUCAAACAAGAAGAGAUGCUAAUAAUGUAAAUAAAAACAGCAGAUAUGUGAAAAAGUGCGUACGUUGUGUGUACAAAGCUUUUAACAGUAAAUGUUGGAUUUGACCAAAGCACUUAAGAGCAUAAAAUAAAACUGCAAGUGGACUCAGGAGGACUUCACAGUUUAUGU